AUGAUAAGAACAUUUUUUCGUUUUCAACUUGGAUUUGAAGUAAGAGCGUUUUUAUGCUUUUCUCUCUUGCUGCUAUUUACCGAAGUCUAUUCGAAUAGAACAAGUGGCGAAGCGCUCGAAGAAGGACUAUGUAAUUACGGUUAUCAAAAUUUUCAAGACAAGUGCUACUACUUUUCGUGUCUAAACUGUAGGAAAAAUUUUUAUGAUGCGUUGCAACACUGCAGAGAAGAGGGUGGAGACCUAGCUUCAAUUCAUAGCGAAGAAGUUUAUAAGUUCUUGAAAAAUCAGACGAAUAACUUCCUCAUUGGUAUGCGUUAUGACAGUGGCAAAGAGCAAUUCUAUUGGUCUGACAAUACAACAAUUAAUUUUGAUAAGUUACGUGUCGAUUUUUCUAAAUGGCAUCCAUACUUUGGAAGUUGUGUCAGAGUUAACGAUGGUGUUUGGGAAAACGCCGUUUGCGAAAGAAAAUAUAGAUGGCUUCAAUCUCCUGGUUACCCAUCUAAUUAUCACGUUGGCGAUUCAGCCUGUUAUUUCAAAUUAGUCGUUAAAGUCGACGAGUUGAUUGUUGUCGUGUUCAAUGAAACAGAUCUCUUUUACAAUUUUGACAAUACCUAUCUUGAAGAAGAUGUAAUUGAGGUUUUUGAAGGAUUUGAAGACAACGAAAGGCUGAUCGCAAGGUUUGAAAAUGCUUUUAAUACGUUACAACACGUAAUUAAUUCACAUAAGCGUUUCUAUUUUACCUAUACGACAACUAACUGUCCUAUAGUAGAGCUUUAA